UUAAAGUACAGGUGCUUGAUCGAAAUAGUUUUAAAUCGAAACAGUGCGUCGCGGCUUCCCGCCCAUCGGCGCGGGUUUUCCCGCUUAAUUCCGCCCCCUGGAUCCGACGGCGCCGGACCCGCCACAUCAGCGAUCCCUGCCCGCCUUGCGCAGCACGGAGCCGUCCAGUUCCGUCCUUCGGAAGCCUGAUCCUCCCGCCGCAGCCGCCUCUCCUUUAUUUGCUCCGCCGGCCGCGUCUCUUCCCUCCCAAUCCCGCGUUUCAAAACUAGGAAAGGAAAUUUCUUCUCCCCCCGAAAAAUCCCCCAAUGGAGAGCAGCGUGGAGACUGCGGCGCCGGCGGCUCUGGUGGUGGGCGGCGGAGGGUACGGCUGCGGCGGGUGGGAGACGCCGAAGCGGGAGGAGUGCCGCAUCCCGGCGACGCUCCCCUGCCCCGCGGCGCCGAGGAAGGCCGUGCCGGACUUCGGGAAGCGGCGGAGCCCGCCCAAGAACGGCUACUUCCAGCCGCCGGACCUGGAGGCGCUCUUCGCGCUCGCGCCGCGCCGCCAGGCCUCCUCCUGCGCGUGACUUCGCCGCGGCGGCGGGGAAGUCCUCUGUUCUAGAUUGAUUUUGGGAGCUGUAGAUACUUUGCCACUUUUCUCCUCUGUUGUACUCUAGGGUUCAGUAGCGGGCGGAUUAGAGGAUCGGUAGGAGGGCUUUAGGGAGUAGUAGGUAGGUAGGUGGUGGAUGCUUGAGAUGAGAGCUCAUAAGCAUACUGUUUUGUAUUGGUUCAGAUGAUGAAAUCCUCAAAUGUUUCUUGCCACCUCUGCCUCUCUGAA